AACUAUAUAGAGAGAUGACCAAGAUUUGACUUUCGCCUCCCAUCUCUCGCCGAAAAACAAAAAGAACUCAAGCAAAAAUGGCCACCGGCGAUAACCAGAUCCGUAUCGGACUGCUAAGCAGCUCAAACAUCGUCCGCAAAGUCUCUCGAGCCAUCAAUCUAGCUCCAAACGCUACAAUCACAGCCAUAGCCAGCAUCUCCAUCUCAAUCGAAGAAGCGAGAUCGUUCGCCAAAUCUAACGGUUUUUCUCCGACGGCGAAGAUCCACUGCUCAUACGAGUCGCUUCUAGAAGAUCCCGAAGUCGACGCCGUCUACUUUCCGAUCCCGGCCAGCCUCCACGUCGAGUGGGCUGUACGCGCCGCCGGAAAGGGGAAACACGUGCUGAUUGAUAAGCCCGUUGGAUUGAAUGUUUCCGAGUUUGAUCAGAUCGUUGAGGCUUGUGAGGCUAAUGGGAUUCAGUUUAUGGAUGGGACUCAGUGGAUGCAUAAUCCAAGGACGGCUAAGAUUCAGGAGUUCUUGACCGAUCCUGUGAGAUUUGGCCAGCUCAAAACCGUGCACAGUUGUUUCUCAUUUGCAGCAAACGAAAACUUCCUUAAAAACGACAUCCGUGUAAAGCCUGGUCUCGACGGACUUGGUGCACUCGGAGACGCCGGAUGGUACACAAUCCAAUCAACUCUUCUCGCCAACAACUUCAAACUUCCAAAAACCGUGACCGCCUUGCCCGGUCCUGUCCUAAACGAUGCAGGGAUCGUUCUCUCUUGUGGCGCAUUGCUCGAAUGGGAAAAAGAGAUAACCGCAACAAUCUACUGCUCUUUCUUGGCUAAUCUAACCAUGGAGAUAACCGCGAUCGGUACGAAAGGUACUCUCCGCGUACACGACUUUGUUAUCCCGUUUCAAGAAACCGAGGCCUCGUUUAGUACAAGUAGCAAAGAUUGUUUCAGUGAGCACAAAGUCGUGACUGAGUUUAUACAAGAGGCGUGUAUGGUGAUAGAGUUUGCUCGGUUAGUUGGUGAAAUCAAGAACAGAGGAGCUAAACCGGAUGGGUUUUGGGUUAGUAUUAGCCGGAAGACGCAGCUUCUUGUUGAUGCUGUGAAAGAGUCGAUUGAUAAUAACCUUGAACCUGUUUUUCUCUCAGGCCGGUGAUUGAAGAAAGUACUCAAAGAUCAGGUUUUGUGUGUCGAUACUUUUAUAAAAUAGAAUAUGAUUAACUGAAUGUCAUUGUCCUACUAAUCCUUAUAGAAAAAAAAAAAUACAAUAGAGAAUUCCAAUAGGCUAUGAUAAAUAAAAUAUUAUCAAGUGAUAUGUGGAAAUGGCAAUCCGAUUACCAAAA